AAAAUGAAAUCUUUGUUAAGACGUACUCUCAAACAAAAAUAUAGAAAAAAUCAACGUAUUAACCGUUUUAAUACAUUAAAAAAAUUACUCUCUGAAGGAAUAGAUUUGUCUAAAAUUGCUUUGCCUAUGAGUAAUCAUUUUGAUCCAACUGAAGAUAUGUAUAGAGAAAUGUUGUUAUCUUAUAAGAUAAAACAGAAGAAAAUUGAACAAGAAAAAGAACAAAUAAGACUUGACCUAAUGAAAGAACAGAUAAAACCAGCUGUUUCAUUGGGAAAUGAGAAAAAGAGGUCAGCAACUAGCGAUCGGUCUCGAGUGAAACGAACAAAGACGGAAGAAGAAAUAGUACAAGAGAGGCAAAUUGAAGUUGAACCUAUCAGUUUAACGGCUGAUGAAAUACUUAUGGUAGAAGAAGGUCAGGCUGCUGCAGCGAUGUUGUUAGAGAUAAUGAGUGAUGUGGAAGAGAAGUAUAAUAAUUCGCCAUAAAUAUUGUCAUCACCUUCAUCUAC